UUUUAAAGUUAACAGAAAUGUCCAUAAAAUUAAUGGAUAAUGUGAAGAACAGCAGGAUAAGCCAGCGGAUAAUUUUUCUUGGGUAAUUUACCCAAAACGGCCUCUAGGAUGUGCUGUUUCUGAUGUUCUGUGUCCAGAAAUAUCAGUACAAACCAUGCCUUUAUACACCAUCCCAACGCCACAUAGUCCAUGGAUUGUGGUUAGAAAGCAGCAGUCUUAGUGUAGCCUAAAACAUUGAAAGUGACAGUCUGCGUAGGUAUGUUUGUUAUUGUUUUUUAGGAACACAAAUGAGAGAACAGCUUAUCCACAGCAGCAUGUUAUUUCUGCUGUAUCCAAUUAACCUUCCACUAAUCCAGUGGCUUGUGGAGCCAGCAGUGGAUCGUGGUCAAAUACAGGCUAGCAAAGUGUGGGAAGUCACUCUAGAUGUGCAUGUGAGUAUCAAAGUCAACUAAAAAUAAAAGCGAUAAGAGUAAUAGUGGUACACAGCAGUACAACUCGGAUACAAAAGUCCUCAGUGGACAAACAGGCAUCAGCUGUGUUGAGGGCUGUUAUCCUCAUUCUUGGAUGCAAAUUUGUGUUGCAUCAGUUGGGAAAUAUACUGCAUUGAUUCCUUCAACAGUAAGAUUACUGUUCAGCACAUGUAACUAUGAAAGGCAAGGGAGGAGUAGAGAGAGAGAGAGAGACACAAAGAGACUAAGGGGAUUAGGAGGCUUCUCUCGAAACAGUGCCCAUGCCAGUCAGAGCAUUUUUCGAUGGAAGUCCUUCAUCUUCCCUUUGAAGUAUUAGUGAAUUCUCUUAACAAGAGACAGAUUGGAUCACAGAGCAAGUCAAGUGAAGAAAAAAUGAGAUAGUUUAGGUUAAAAAAUUAUGGUUCGGUAUAAUCAGAAACCAAGGCUGGACUUUAGUACAACCUGUUCUUGAAGAGCAGAAGAUAUGAUAUCUAAAAGGUGUCUCUAAAAGAUCUUUAACUUCUGGUUCCAGUGUUUUUCUUCGCUUCAUACUAUUACUUGCAUCGAGAACUGUUUUUUCACUAUGUGACAGUCUCAUUCUGGAUCCAACACGAUUUUUGCUUUUGUGUUCCACCUGUUGGAUAGUUAAAUGGUGCUAAUAACUGAGAAUAGUGUACUUCUGGUCAAAGAUCACCAACACAGCACCGGCCACAACCAAGCGAGAGGCUGGAACAAUGAGGAGUCCUCCACACAGAGCUCCACUUUCGUGGAGCCGACAGAGGACUCUUAUUAUGCAGAUGAUGAAGACCACCAUCCUUCUGAUGAUGAUGACGAUGAUGACGACGUCUACCAAGAAUUUGAGGAGUUGGACUUUUCAGAACUACCAGAUACCAAGAGCAUUGUGUCGGAAGAUUCCUUCUACCCACCUGAUGAUUCGCUCAACUUUGAAAAAUGUCAGGAUCCUGAGAGCCCCGAGCCAAUCAGCUUCUUUAAAGCAUGCUGCUCUAACAAUACCAUCAUCGUCAAAAUCAUGAUUAGACAAGGUGUGACGGAGGAGGAGGUGCGAGAGAUGGACAAAAAUAACAGAACGGGUCUGAUAGUGGCGUGUUACCAGGGCUACGUGGAUGUGGUCAUUGCACUCUCUCAUUGUCCAUAUGUGGAUGUGAACUGGCAGGAUAACGAAGGGAAUACAGCUCUCAUGACUGCUGCACAAGCAGGUCACAGUAUGAUUACCAACUACCUGCUGAACUACUUUCCUGGGCUUGACACUGAGCGCAGGAACUGCCAUGGCUUCACUGCGAUGAUGAAAGCAGCCAUGCAGGGUCGAGCCGAAUGCGUACGGUCUCUCAUGAUGACAGGAGGAGACAAUAAAGCAAGGGACUUUGGCCGUAAGCUGACUCCACAGGAAUGGGCCCUGUUCACGGGCCGGUACGAGACCGCCAGACUGAUGGCCCGACUGAUGGAACAGCCGUGUGCCGAACAGUUCUGUGAUUCUUACCACAUGGAGUGGCCUAUGCUAAGCAAACUGGUAGCUCGUUCAAAGGAGCCCAAGUCCUGCUGGAGAAAGUUCUCAGAGUGCGUCUGUAACUUGUUUACCUUCAGCAUGAAGACCAACCCUGUGGACGAAGGCGCCAUGGACUACAUGGUGCGCAUGACCACAGCUCUGGCCAGCCCAUUCAUAGCCACUGCCUGCCACACCGUGUGUCCGGGCAGCCCUCCGUGUGUGGGAAAACGUCGCCCUGCUGUCCAGGACAUCAUCCGUAAACAGCGUUUGGCUGAGCUGAAGAACCUUGGGACCGAGCGCCUCAACAACUAUAAGCAGCUCUUCCAGAACUCCAGGGUGCUGCUGGUGCCGAAGAAGAAGGAGCGGCGUGCCAGUCUGCAGCCGCAGUUACUGCAAAGUGUCAUAAUGGCCUCCACCAUGGCUCUGCGGAGAAGCAGCCUCCUGCCGCUUCACAUGAUGCGCAGGAGCAGCGUGCGUCCUGGGAUGGUGGUUCCUAAAGUCAUGCUGUGCAAAGCACCUCCUUCCACAUACAUCCCGGAGCAGCCGCCGUGCAGAACUUCAAAAGACUUAUCGCACCUACAGAUCCCUAAAUGGAAGUACAAAGCUCUGAAGGAGGAGAAGAAGAAAGCUGAAUGCAUGGAUAGGUUGAGACUGCCAGUUGGGAGGAAAAAGUGAUGGCUUUUGAUGCCUUAGUGUUUUUAAGGAUGUUUUCUACUGUGAAGGCUUGUGGUGAGUGUGAGAGUCGUACACUACUCUUUUAGACUGCUGUGGACUAUAAAAUAUGGAUUUUAUAAUAUUUGCUCUUA